UCUUUGGAAGGACACGGAGAAUCGAGCCGAGUGUUUAUUUAUUCGAAAACGUGAGUUAUUACUAAAAUUCCAAAAAAUAUAACAUUAUAGUGUAGUGAAAGAAUUCUGCUAAAAAAUGAUUACUGCUUUCAACGUGGCAAGAAAUAGCUGCAGAGGAGUCUUGUGGAAAACUUUGCAGACUAGACCUCAAAUACUUGGAAAUCAUUUUUCUGUUAUCCAAAAGGAAGUUCCCUUGUUAAAACACAGACCGGCAGUUUAUUUCAGUACAACACAGAAUAUUAAUGCAGCUGCACAAGCACAUGAUCACAGUCAUUCUAAGAUAUGGACUGCUGAACGCUUUUUGUCUGCUGCAUUACUUGGAAUUUUACCUGCAGCUGUAGCUUUUCCUAACCCCGCCCUGGAUUAUGCUCUUGCUCUUUCGUUAACAGUUCAUGUACAUUGGGGAAUAGAAGCUAUUGCUGUUGAUUAUGCUCGUCCUAGUGUUGUGGGAGCUGCAUUAUCUAAAGCAGCUGUAGGUGCUGUAUAUGCCUUAUCAGUCUUCACAUUAGGAGGAUUAUUUUAUUUUAAUUAUACUGAUGUGGGUCUAGGUCAGGCUAUUAGGAUGUUGUGGAAGCUAUAAUUUUUUAUACGAUUUCUCAAGAAAUCUCAUUUAGGUAUCUAACAACAAUAUUGUCUAAAUUUCCAUCAGCAAAAAGAAAGCACUUUUUAGAAAUUGGUUACAAGCAGUUCAUCACUUUGCCAAAAGCAAUAAGAUUUUGUAACACAAGAGUCUGUAUUUUGUCUGUACAAUUGUUUACUAUUUAUUACUACUUUAUUUUUCAGUUGAAUUUUUUUGUAGGUUAAAAAGAAUAUGUGAGUUGAAUUUUUUUAGAUUUUUUUUUUUAAUGAAAUUGGUGAUGUUUUUUAUUUUAAGGUUAAGAAUGUAUGGUGUGAGCAUUUAUCAUAGAUAAUAAAAUAAGGUUAGUUUUGAA